AUGCCUAGCUCAGUCCACAGUUUGAGCGACUACGACGAUGCGGACACUGCUUUACGUCACUCGCUGGGCUUAGGUACUAGGCGGGACCGCCAGGAUUUCGUGACGUUCCAAGAUCCCGAUGGGGGUGUAAUGAAGAUCCCUCGGAGUGAGUAUCUCGCGAUGAACAAAGACGUCGAUAUCGGUAUGAGAGGACAAGAAUCAAUGGAAAGUGGCGCUACUCUUCGUCAUGAAGAUGAAGACAUUACUUCUUCACGGAGUUUGGAGAGCUUGGCUAGAUCCAGAUCACUCCCUUCUAUCAGCUCGACCUACCCUUCUGGCCCGUUGGUUGAAGAUGGAGGUAUGAUAGCUGAAGAUCAAGUUCCAGAAAUGGAAGAUGACUUCAAUGAUAACGAAGAUGAUGAUGGAUUAUCCUUACCUGAUCUAUCAGAAGAUGGUUCAGUUAUUGAGACUCCCUUGCACGACAUGCAUGAUCCGAUGGAGAUUGCCAUUACGUUAUCCCAACCCAGUAUAUCCAUAAGCGCACCUAUCGACUCUCAUCCGAAAAUCAACAGUGGUACUGGUACAGAUGCAGCUUUUUCUGCGGGCAAACAGACUGUCGAGGAAUUUAGGAUCACAGAGGGACCGCCACCUUGGGUCCUAAGGGAAUUCGAAACCGGUGGUGGACACGGUAUAGCGAUUAGUCCAGAUGGUUCUACCAUAGUCAAGAAAACUCACCUGCAAGAAAUCAACGUCUACGAACGGAUCGACUGUAAUGACCCACCUCUACGAGCUAUAAAAGAUUGGGUACCAAAUUACGAAGGGUGUUUCACCGACCAUCCGUCGGUCUUGGUCACUGUCCCGGAGAUGUUUUCUCCGUUCUCGAAGGCAGGUACAUCUAGCUCUCACUUACGUCCUCCAAUGUGUCGCAGACCGGGGUUAUUAAGGAAUAACACCUCUGAUAUCCAUUCCAAUUCGAUAAUGCUCGAAAAUUUGAAAUACGGUUACAAACCCAGUACGCUCUCAGAAUUCGACAUCAAAUUGGGAAGGAACAUGAUUGAUCCCUGGGCAAGCGAUAAUACUCCACCAAAAUUGAAGAGAAUGGAAGAUCAGGUCAACGAUACGACCAGUAAAUUAGAUGCUGUAAGGUUGAUUUGGGCCAAUACCUCGAUACAAGAUCCGAUUACGGGCGAAUGGGAUCGAGUGAAGACGGAUAAGUAUUAUGGUAAAUCGUUGAAAAGGGCUGAAGACGACCAUGAAAGAGAGGGCUGUGAUACUCUUGAUGAUGCUUUUGUGAGGUUGUUCCCCUCGCCUAGAGAUACCAUCGUAUUCAAAGGUGAUUCGUCAAGAUCGAAAUCGACACAGCCCGUUAGUGUAUUCAGUAGUGAUUUGGAAAGAUAUCGACAUGAUGAGAUGUUACAUCCUGGGAAGAAUCCAAGACGGUUCAUCUCCACCAUUGACGGUACAAGUACUCGUACUUCCCCAGAUCUAUUCGAUCUACAACGAAUGAACCGAGAGAAAGAUCAAGUGGAUCUGACGAUAAGCACCAUGAGGCAAAUUCGAUAUCGUAUUAAAUCGCUUAAAGAAGCUGUCAGACAAACUUCUUGGAGAUUUGUUGGAUCUUCCUUGUACGUUGUUCACGGCGAAGACGAAGAAGAAACCGACGAACCGGGUAGAUCUAUGGUUUCGUUUUUGGCAGAGGAUGUUAAUGAAGGUCAAAUUGACUCAUACCUGAAUUUGAUUGGGUAUUAUGAUUACAACUCCAAGAACAACGAAUAUUAUCCAAAUCGAAAUACCCAAAUAAGCCUCGACGAUUUACCUGAGAUCAAGUUCAACUAUUUCUCACCUUUCCACGACGCUGAAAGAGAACCUCAAGUGAAAUUGAUCGAUUUUGCAAGAACUGAUUAUGGUGAAGGACCAGAUACGGAUGUCAUGGAUGGGUUACAGACGACAAUUGACUUGAUGUCGAACAGGAUCGAUACGCUGAAAGGUAUGAAGAAGGAUAUGCAAAGUCAGAUUCAGUCCACUAGGGAUGAGAUUAUGAAUGUCAGUAGGGGCCAUUAG